UUUCCGCUAGCCUCCCCGCCCCCGCCCCCCGGCGCCCCCACCCCCGCGCCCGCUCCCCUCCCCCUGCCCAAAAAGACACAGUCGCCUCCCGGAGUGGCGCCUCCAGUCGCGGCGGAUGGAGGGCGCGAGCGGGCGGCCGCGGCGGCUGCACCCGGCGGGGCGCUGAUGCGGCGCCUGGACCUCGGCUGCGCGACUUCGGGGGCGUCCGCCGAGUCGGCACUCCGCGAUGCAGCUCCUGAAGGCGCUCUGGGCACUCGCAGGGGCCGCGCUCUGCUGCUUCCUCGUCCUGGUCUUCCACGCGCAGUUCCUGAAAGAAGGUCAGCUGGCCGCCGGCACCUGUGAGAUUGUGACCCUGGACCGGGACAGCAGCCAGCCUCGGAGGACUAUCGCCAGGCAGACAGCUCGCUGCGCAUGCAGGAAGGGGCAGAUCGCUGGCACCACGAGGGCCCGGCCCGCCUGUGUGGAUGCACGAAUCAUCAGAACAAAGCAAUGGUGUGACAUGCUCCCGUGUCUGGAGGGGGAGGGCUGCGACCUGCUAAUCAACCGGUCAGGCUGGACGUGCACACAGCCCGGUGGGCGGAUAAAGACGACCACGGUCUCCUGACAAACGCAGCCCCCACGUGGCCUCGGCUCCCUGGAGAGUGCACACCCUGGCCACGGUCCUCUAUCUGCCGCAGACUUCGCCCGUUCCCCACCCUCCGCCCCCUCUCCGUUUCCCUGUGGCCAGUCCAGGACAGCUUCAGUCCCCGGCGUUCUGAUCUCGAGUCUGUCCGGCUGAGCCGAGGAGGCCGGACUCGGACCCACAGGCGGGAGUGGCGCCGGGCCCCAGCAAUACUCGGCCCGUGGGAGCCUGGCCGUGGCGCUGGCCCUGCUGUCCACGGGGCCAGAGGAGGGGAACGCGGAGCGGGACCAGGAGGUGCCGGCGGCCAGAGGAGGCUGCGGCCCAGCCAGCCUUAGCCACGACGUGCGGUCCGGGAGACUGUCAGGUGCAGAAGCCACCUCUUCUUGUGCCCCAGACUGUCUGAAUUGCUUUUAUUUUCUUAUACUUUCAGUAUACUCAAUAGACCAAAGAGCAAAAUCUAUUUUAACGUGGACGCACCCUUACUGUCAGAGUCCCGGGUUCGACCGUGGGGGCGGGAGGGCAAGCACGGUGGCAGAGACACGCUGGUGGCCCCGGCGCAGUGGAGAGAGCGCCUGCGGCGGAGGCCUCCCUGCCAUGGACACUCCGGUGCACCCUAGAAGGAUGGGCGCCGGCCACAAGGACGCCACCGCUGCACAGCUGCGGGAACCCGCCGGGGCCCGGCCACCGAUGGUCCCUGUGCAGACACUGCGAGCCCCCCGGGAACACAGACCGCUUUAUUCCUCUGUACUUAGAUCGACUUUAUCGUACUAAAAUCACUUUCUGUUUUAACCAGUUAAACAUGCCUCUUCUACAGCUCCAUUUUUGAUAGUUGGAUAAUCCAGUAUUUGCCAAGAGCAUGUUGGGUCUCCCGUGACUGCUGUCUCAUCCGAUACACCAUUUAGCUCCAGAAAGCAAAUUAAAGAAAACUAAAGUAACACUUGUUUGAAAGAGAUCAUUAAAUGUAUUUUGCAAAGCCUAAA